AUCUCCGACCGAAUUUGAGCAUCACCGUGUCGGGGCCCACAUUACCUCGACUUGACCCUGAACUUGGCCAUGUACUUUCUAUGAGGCGAGCUAAUAUCAGAGUUUCGACAUCGACCCAGCCUCAAUGAUAAUGUCAAUAGCCCUGUGUAUAGACAAGGGUGACAAAUGCCAUUCAGAAGCAAUAAAUAAAAUGGAUAUAUAAGUCCUCGAUGCCCUUCUCCUCAAACCAUGAACUCAUCAUCAUUAUCGCUGUCUAAUAGCCUCAAUAUCAAGCUCAUCUUAGAGAAUGACUGUUCGAACACAACUUUUUCCUCCGUCUCCUACCUUCACAGAAUCUUCCCUACCCUCCUUGAACUUCAGGGUAUACAUCAUCACCGGCGCAACAUCUGGUGUUGGUCUGGAACUGGCUAAGAUUCUCUAUUCCCGCUCAGCGAUCGUUUACAUAGCUGCACGUAACUAUUCCAAGAUCACGUCGGCCAUAAAAGAGGUGCAGUCAGCGUCUCCUGAUUCAACAGGACGUCUUGAGUCGCAAUGUGUUGACCUUUCCGACCUCGCAAGUAUCAAGCCUGCAGCUCAGCAAUUUCUCGCUAAAGAAAUAAGACUCGAUGGUCUAGUGCUCAAUGCUGGUGUCAUGAUGCCUCCUGAGGGUAGCAAGACCGAGCACAGGCAUGAGUUGCAGAUGGGAACAAACUGUUUGGGCGGAUAUCUACUGUCGCGACUUCUCGAGGAGCUUCUGGUGAAGACCACGGUUGUCGCAGGCGAGGGAGCUGUUCGAGUUGUAUGGCUUGCAAGUACUCUUCAGAUGGGCACGCCCAAGGGAGGCCUUGUCUGGGAUGAGGUAAAGAAGGAGCCGAAAGUGGUCAAAGACCAGAUGGAGAACUAUAUGAUGAGCAAGGCCGGUAAUCUUCUCUUGGCCCACGAGACUUCUCAGCGAUUGGGAUCGCAAGGAAUUAUAUCAGUGGCUGUCAACUCAGGGUUCUUGAAGACGGAGCUUCAGCGCCAUAUGCCCGGACCUGUGUCUUUCAUGAUGGCAAGUGGACAUACUACGUCUUGGGCAAAUGCGUUGACGAUAUGCAGGGCCUCAUGUUUAAAGCGCCCAAGUAUGGAGCUUAUAGUGAGCUGUUCGGACUGCUGUCACCAGAUAUCACCGCCGAUAAUAACGGAGUCUUGAUCUACCCUUGGGGUCGCAUCGGAUGCAUCCCAGAUGACAUCAAGGUGUCUUUGAAGAAUGGACAAGAGGGGGGUACUGGCCUCUCAAAAGCUUUCGCUGACUGGUGUGAGAGAGAAGCUCGUCAGUACAAGUAGUUGGUAGGCCAGCAAGAAGUAUUUGGUUUGGUAGAGUGAUUUCCAUUUAGAUCUAACAAUCUCACACGGGUAUCAUAUCAUAACUUAUCCCCAACGCCGUUGUACAAAAGAAAUCAUGGUCUACUAGAAUUCAUCCUUUUUCUCCCCUGUCCUUCGUUGCUUGCGACUGACCUGAUUUAGUCGUACGUCCACCACCACCGGCCUAUGGUCCGAAAUAAAGACCCCAUCUUCAUAUCGCGAGUUAACCACCGCAAAGGCCUUGAAUUCGAUACCGGUCGGGUCGUGCACGAAAAUGUGAUCGAGGUACAUGUCGUCCCAUGGGACUGUAGUAAAUCCAGUGUAAGUAUACGACGAAUGUCCAUAGCGCUUACUCUGAGGGACAAGGCUCUUCACGUCGUUCAUGGUUUUGGCGAGAUGCUUGUAAGCCGCACCGCUGGGGGAGGAGUUGAGGUCGCCGCCGAUAAAGACAGGUAUAGUCUCACCGUCGAGUAUAGACCAGGUCUCAGCAAUAUCAGUGAUUAGUUUUGCCGAAUUAGCACGAGCUCUCUUCCCCUUGUGGUCGAAAUGUGUGCACAUGUAGACCAUGCGAUUGCCCGUAGCGGCAUGUUGAAAGCGCGCGACGGUGACAAUCCUUGGAAAUGCGGCGUCCCAUCCCCUGGAACCAACUUUCUCAGGCGUGUCGCUCAGCCAGUAUGUUUUCUUGUCCUCAAUAUUCCAGACAGAAGGACGGUAGAAGAUUGGGGAGAAUUCAUCACUUUGGCCGCCUCUGCGGCCGAUACCAUAGUAGUCCCACUCGCUUCCCAGAUCUUGUUGGAUGUCUUGGAUUUGCGGAUACAAUGCUUCUUGCAUGCACACAAUGGAUUCAGGUCUUCCAGAAGUCUCGUAGUUUAUUUGGGCUGUUAAGCGUGGACGACGAACGGGCCAUAAUUCCUCACCCCAUUGGGGCUUGUUUGGUGCGAGGCGAAUGUUGUAAGUGAUAAGUCGAACAUCAGUGCUUCGAGAUAGAGGCGCUGUAGCCGCGAGUGCAGCCGAGAGCACAAGAGAUGUAAACUUCAUUUCGAUUUAUUCCGAUGGUUUGUGGCUGAUGGAGAGAAAAACCAUAUGAGGAUUUUUUAUCCCCAGUGGCUUUAUGAUCGGUUUGCUUUUUGGUAUGCUGUUGUGGAUGCAGUUGACGCAGCUUUACCGUCGAUGUUGUCACUGACAAGAUUCGGCAGCGACAACCAACAAACUACAACGUUUAUUGAGGCUGAUGCAGAUUCCAGUUUCAACAUGUUGAAUUGGGUCAUCGGGGGUAGCGGGACCUCUUGUAGGAUACCGGCGGAAGGUUCGGAUUCACCCGCAA